CGCCUCUUUAACUUUAUCAGGAAAGGAGCUCUUCCCUCCAGUAAGUGAUUGCUGGAUGUCUGCCUUGAGCAGUGGGAAGUACAGCCAGUGACCCAGCUUUGCUCACACCCAGCUUCCUUCCUUCGCUGCAAGAUUCAUCCAGGCAGAGCGUGACUCGAAUACAUCUCCGCUUGUUUAAGAAAAAAAUACUCAGUCAAGCAUGUUGCCAGCGUACAUGGCCGUGUGCACGGAGAGAGCUGGAUACUGAAGCCGAACAGCAGCAGGAGCCCCCAUUUCCAACACAACGGAGCGAUGAUGUUUGGCAGAAACAGCAUCUUCGGAAUAGGAAGCUCCUGGAAAAAAGUGGCGAAACAGGAAUCAUCCAAGAAGAACGUGGUGUUGACCAAGGUGACAGCCCUGAGAAAUGGCUCGGAGUGUGAGCACAGUUCGCCCCAUCCAACGGCAGCCAGGACCGGCAACAACAACCCAACACCAAUAACGAACGGCGGCGCUGAUCUCGGCAAGUCCGGGUACCACAACGUAUUCUCGGGGCUCGCCAGCAGAAAGGGAUCGGCAAACUGCACCGUCCUGAAGUUGUACAAAUCCGAAUCGGAGGACUCUGGUGCCGAAUUUCCAAGCGGCGCCAAUUCUCCAUUGACUCCCUCGGGCUCCGAGCAAAGCCUCGUUAUACACCGAAGAGUUUCAUCCUGUGACUCUGGGAUGGCGCUGAGCAUCACUUCCACGUCCCCUGCCGUUCAACAUUUACCUCUAGCAAGCCCCGGCGCCAACUCUGGCGCGGCGUGCAUCAAAGAAGACCGGGAAGACCAAGAUGCCGCGGCAGAGGUCGGGGAACAGCCGGCGGCGUCUACGAAUUGGAGAGAGGACCACAGGUCCAGCAGUCACUUCAGUCCGAGUCCACCACCCGCGGACGAAAGAGCGAAGCGGUCCAGGCGUGUAUCGCUCGUUGAAAUUGUCAUUGCCGACGCCGGCUCUCUCCCAGUGUCAAAUGGUGGAAUGGAACAUCGAGAUCUAGUGGCUCAGUUAGAUCACGAACCAUUGAAAAGGGGACAAUCAAACGAAAGUCUGGAUAAAUACAUGGAGAAGUGCUGCAGAUUAAGCGAGGCAAACCAGGAGAAGACAGUCGACCGGAGUUCAGGCCUGGGAUAUCUGGAGCAUAUCUGCCAGUUGAUUGAAACCAUCGGGCAACUCCAGGAGCAGAACAAGCAGCUCCAGAAGCAGGUGGGCAUCGGUGAGAAAACUCUGAAGGUGAACAGGUUGAAAGAGGAUUUCUUCUUGAACCAUUGUUCCUGUGGGGCCGCUGGUGUCUAUCAGACCCUCACCAGCCUUCCCCGUCUGCACAGCGACUCGUCCGGUCCCCACAGCUGCCAGAGAAGCUCAUUUAUACUGGAGUCCACGUCACAGAUCCCGAGAUGCCAAGGUGAGGAGACAAACCCAGUGGAAAGAGUGUGGCUCAGGAAGUCGGCGCUCAAAGAGAUGGGAAGAUCUUUUGAGGUUGAGGUGCAGCAGGGCCUUGAUGGGACAAGGAGCCUGAACUGCUCACACCAAGGAUUCCAGGAGGUCAAAGUACCACCUGGUGAGAAAGUCAAGUUACUGCUUAGGAAUUGCAGCUUAAACCAGGACAAAGGUUGUGACGUAUCCAGCUGCAUAAAGAGAUCCUACACUCAGCUUUACAGGACAGAAGCUGGAGCCUUCAAUUCACUAAUGAAGGAGACCAACUCCACCAGUGCAUUGGGCUGCACCAGGAAUUACGACUGGGACAAUUCUCACUGAGUCUUCAAGGAUGUCUGACAAGAACGCUCUCCAAAGAAGUGACUAAUCCAACAAUGAAUCAUCGACUGAUGAAAGGAAGCUGCUGGGUUGUGGGACUGCAGUAAUGAGCCGAUCGUAGUUGGUACUGUUCGAAGGGCAACUUCAGACAAUCAUCUGGGAACCUGGAAAUGUAAUUACUUCAAACAUCCCAACUUGCCAGAUCAGCAAUACCAGAGAUUAUAUCUGUUUACCUUUUUAAUCGCACAAGAUAGGGCCAAAGUCCAGUGUUGAACACUGGAAUAAAAUACACACAUCAAGUCAUUCUGAAAGCUUUGAAAAACACUAAAAGCUGGAGUAACUCAGCAGGACAGGCAGCCUUUCUGGUGAGAAGGAAUGGGUGACGUUUUGAGUUGACAUCCUUCUUCGGACUUUCUUCAGACGGCCUCGACCCGAAACGUCACCUAUUCCUUCUCUCCAGAAAUGCUGCCCGUCCCACUGAGUUACUCCAGCAUUUUGUGUCUGCGGUUUAAACCAGCAUCUGCAGUUCCUUCCUGCACAUUCCAAAAGCUUUCAUAGAUAGUUUCAUAAAUUCCUUUUCUUGCAAAAAGGGAUGCCACAGUGGCGCAGCUGGUAAAGCUACUGCCUUGCAGUGCCAGCGACCUGGGUUCAAUCCUGACUACGGGUGCUGUCUGUGCGGAGGUUGAAUGUUCUUCCGAUGACUGCCUUAGUUUCCUGGGGGUGCUCCGGUUUCCUCCCACAUUCCCAAAGACAUGCGGGUUUGUAGGUUUAUUGUCCUCUGUAGAAAAUGCUGCUAUUAGAGAGUACAUGAGAAAGUUGGCAAACACAGAACUAGUGUGACACCAAAAGCUGGAGUAACUCAGCGGGACAGGCAACCUCUCUGGUGAGAAGCAAUGGGUGACGUUUUGAGUCGAAAUCCUUCUUCUGAGUUUAGUUUAGUUUAGCUUGAGGAGCAUCUAGUUUGUUGUUAAGUUUAGUUUGGUUUAGAGAUACAGUGCUGAAGCAGGCCCUUGGGCCCACCGAGUCCGCAUCAACCAGCGAUCCCCGCACAUUAACUCUAUCUUACAUACACACACUAUGGAAAAUUUACACUAAUACCGAGCCAAUUAACCUACAAACCUGUAUGUCCCUGGUGUGUGGGAGGAAACCGAAGAUCUCAGAGAAAACCCACACGGUCUUGGGGAGAACAUAGAAACAUAGAAAACAGGUGCAGGAGGAGGCCAUUCGGCCCUUCGAGCCAGCACCGCCAUUCAUGAUGAUCGUGGCUGAUCGUCCGCUAUCAAUAACCCGUGCCUGCCUUCUCCCCAUAUCCCUUGACUCCACUAGCCUCUAGAGCUCUAUCUAACUCUCUCUUAAAUCCAUCCAGUGACUUGGCCUCCACUGCCCUCUGUGGCAGGGAAUUCAAUAAAUUCACAACUCUCUGGGUGAAAAAAAAAAAUUCUCACCUCAGUCAUAAAUGACCUCCCCUUUAUUCUAAGACUGUGUGGCCCCUGGUUCUGAACGUACAAAGUCCGUACAGACAGCAACCGUAGUCAGGAUUUAUGCCGGUUCUCCAGUGCUGCAAGGACUGUAAUUCAGCAACUCCACUGCUGCGCCACAUUUCCUUGUGUAUCAGUGGUAAAACAAAGGCAGGUCACCAGACUACAAGCAAGUUGUGAGUAUAAAUUUGUGCUGGGAAUUUUCUGUGUUUGUUGAACAAGAAUUCAGCAACGUCACCAAAGAACCACUAAAACGCCUCAGCCAAUUCUCAGGGCUUUCUGCCAACCCAUCAUUCAAACUAUGGCAGAAAUCUGGCUGAAAAGCAGAGCCAAACCACUAUUAUUUGAUGAAAUCAAUAGAAAAUAUCCUAACCGAUAUGAUUUUUUUAACUUUGUGAAAUAAGCUUUAAUUUUGUUUUAAUAAUAUAUGCAUUAACACAGUGAUUUAUAUAUGGAAUUGUUUAUCACAACUUUUGUAAUGUGAAUUGUAAUUCCACAAGUAUAUGUAAAAUAUCUCUAUAUUGCUGUAUCGUAUACGUUAGCAUAAAAUAUUAAUAAAAGAUAAAACAUCAGCAAAAUCUAA